CACAGUAUACGGCUAAAUAGAAUUAAUAGAAUAAUACGAUAACCGAUAGUAUCGAAUGUUUAUUCUUUGUCUCUAAUGUUUCUAUGUAUCUUGUAUCUAGUCCAGCAGUCCUGCUGAGUAUCGUCAACAACGUCAACGGUGAACGGUGACAACUGACAUUCUGACAACAUUUAUUUUUCCUGCAGAAGUGCAUAACUCCGUUCAUUUAAUAUUUGCAUUUUGUCAUUUGCUUGUGUAUAUAUUUUCAAUAGUCGUUAGUAUUUAUAUUUCUGUUGGUUUUUUGUCAUUUUCUAGACAAAAUGGAACAAAUAGUCAAGAUUUUUGUACACCAAAGUUACUUUAUAGAAAAUGAUUUAGUUGUUGAUUAUAAUGUGGAACAAGAAGCUCUUGUAAAUGUAUCUCCUAAAGAUUGGAUAGCAUUAAUCCCUAAAGGAUGGUGUGGAGUAGAUGAACAAGUUGCUUAUAAAACUAUUGAUAGUGAUUGUGAUGUAGCAAAUUUAGCAAUUAAAUCAGUUAUUAUGGAGAAAAAGUGUUUCCAAGAUGUUGUUAAGUGUGAAAAACAUUAUCAAUUAAUGUAUAUCAGUCAAAAUUUGGAGAUAUUAGGUAGAAGUGAGUACUUUACAUUUCUUCAUCAAUCAGGAACUUGCAACUGUAUUCUUUCAUCCAAUCAAAAUGAAACUAAAGAUAAUUCUAAGCAAAGUCGAUUGUCUUCAACCUCUGGCCGCAACAAACCAUUACGUAGGCAAUCGCCAACACCACAUGCAUUUUACAAAAGUCGCCCUCAAUCUCAAAAUAGUGUAGUAAAAAGUGAAAAAUUAAAACCAAAACAAUGGUCAACAAAUAAAUGCAAUAAAUGUAAUGCAUCUAACAACUUUUUAGCACUUGAAAGUGCAUACCUUGCAAAAAUUCAAGAUUUAACCGAAAGUAAUAAAGUAAUGGAACAACGUUUAGCGUCAUUUGAAAAAAAUUUGGUUCAUACAUUAGAAGUAAUUAAUAAGCAAUUCAAAUUGAUCACAGUCCUUUCACAACAAAAACAAAAUCUUCAAAAAUUUAUUGAUGAUCUAGUUGAUGGCUUAAUUAAUGAUGACAAGAUAACAUUUUGGGCUCACGAUCAAGAGUUUUCAGUGGUUAGAGAAUACCCUGAAAAAAAUCAAAUCUCUCCUUUGUCAGAUGACUGCACAUUGUCUAUUAAUAAGUCACUAAAUUUGUCCAAAGAGGUUUAUAUGAAAGCUAUUAUUGGUCAACAAGAGGAAACUAUUCAACAUCUUGUCGAUAAAAUAAAGGAUUUUUUUGAUAUUUUCCUCAAACUAAACUCGCAGGCGAAUGAACAAAAUAAGUCAGAUUCAACUUCAUCAGAAAAUAACCUAGGUUAUAUGGAUAGUUCAGGAACUACAUAUUAUUCUCCUCCGUCAUAUAUUACAAAUUCAUUGAACGAUAUCAAUUCAUACUUGGCCAAUACUGUUAAUUAUAAUAAUAGAAUUGAAAAAAUGGAAAUAAACGAAAAUGUUUGUAACUGGACAAAUAACACAUUUUCUGAUACUGACUCACCUUUUACUUUGGAAUCAAAUGUAAUGCCUACAUUAAGUAAUAAAGUCAAAGGCAAAGUAUUGACAUUUGAAGAUAGGAAGAAAAAAGAAACCCCAUUUACAUUGUGCACUCAAUCACCUGAAAACUGUACCAAUGAAAACGAAUUGAAUAUUAAACAAUAAAUUAGAUGCAGAUGAAAGUAACAAUUUUACACAAGGAAGUAAUAAUUCAUUUUAGAUGUUCCAUAAUUUUAUAUGUUAUGAUACUGGAGUUCAGAUUUACUUUUGGAGUUUUUUUUUGUUUUAUUUAAUAUGUUU